AUGGUAUGCAGCAAUUGUGAAAAAAAAGGAAUUUCAUUAGCAACUCCAAGUAUUAAAAAGAAGUCGGAUAUAUAUAUGGGAAGUGAGAUGUCAAAAAUCGUAUCAUCUUCAGAGAGAAAAAUUGGAGAAAAUAAAUUAUUAAGUAAAUCGGCCAAAAAAAGAUAUGAUCCAUACGGAGUAGGAUGUACAAUUUGUAAGCAAAGAACUCAUCAUCUUGGGGCGAAAUAUUGUCCCAGUUGUGCGUAUAAACAAGGACGAUGUAGUAUAUGUGGAAAAAAGAUUUUAGAUACAAGUGCAUAUAAACAAAGCUCAAGAUGA